AUGGGGGUUGGUGAUUUUUUCAUCCCUUAUGGAGGUAGCACCACCGAGUUGAGUGCCCAGAUGGCUCAGCUCCUACAGAUGCAAACUUUGGCCCCGAAUCUAAUCCUGAAUCAGGAUCCUCUUUUGACGACCCCGACUAUGACGACAACGACGACCUCUACUCCGACUCCGACUCCGACAACGACCUCGACCCCCACUCCGAUGAUGACUCUAACCCCAACCUCUUAUUUGUCUUUGAUUCAGACCCCAAUCCCGACUUUGACUCCUACUCCGACCCCGACUCAGGCUCAGAUCCCGAUCCGAAUUCCUACUAAACCUGUAUCCUAUACAUCUUCCGCUGCACAGAUUAUGACUUCUCGACUAACGACCCCGACACAUGGACCAGAUUGCGAAUAUUGUGGUGAUCCGAGACACACUCGUGAGACUUGUUUUAAAUUGCAUGGCUAUCCCGAUUGGUGGGAUACUCUUAAAGAUCGAGGACAACGCAAUACGACCAGUAAUGGUACUGGUUAUAGAUUCCAUACUUCCACUAAGAUUGAUUCCAGGAGUUGGAUAAUUGAUUCCGGUGCAACUGAUCAUAUGACGUUUGAUCCUGAUGAUUUUCUGAAUACUACACAACCUCAACGAACCUGUAUUGCAAAUGCCAAUGGUGUUACUUAUCCUGUGACAGGGGCUGGCACUGUUGCACUCUCAUCCUCUCUCACGCUGUCUAAUACUUUACUUGUUCCAUCUUUAUCCACUAAAUUGUUGUCCGUUAGUCAGCUUACUGAACAAUUGAAUUGUUGUGUACUCAUUUACCCGAGUUUUUGUUUGCUUCAGGAUAUUCACACUAAGAAAAUUCUUGGUCGUGGUACUAAGAGAGGGGGGCUAUAUUAUGUCGAUGACUUCAGUCCUGGCAUGGCUAACAGUGUGACACAUCCCUUUGAUAGCAAACAAAAGCAAAUCUGGUUGUGGCACCGUCGAUUGGGACAUCCGUCUUUUAGUUAUAUGAAGCAUCUUAUACCAGAUUUAUUCUCAGGUUUCAAGGACUCCGACUUCACAUGUGAUACUUGUAUUUUGGCCAAGAGUCACCGUGUGCCCUACCCGUUGAGUACGAACAAGUGUACUACUUCAUUUACGUUAAUUCACUCUGAUGUCUGGGGACCUUCACCUAUCACUGCUCCUUCUGGUUCCUUCCACAAACAGAUGAAAACUCAGUUUAAUGCUCAAAUCCAGACUCUUCGCUCCGACAAUGGUGGAGAAUUUGUCAAUCAUGACUUUCAGACUUACUUCCAACAACAUGGAAUUAUCCAUGAGACAACUUGUCCUCAGACACCGCAACAAAAUGGUGUUGCUGAACGAAAGAAUCGACAUCUUCUUGAAACCGCUCGAGCACUUCUGAUUGGCGCUCAUGUUCCUCGCCAUCACUGGGAUGAUGCUAUUGUCACUGCAGUUCAUCUAAUCAACCGCAUGCCUUCUGGUGUAUUGACCUUUAAAACUCCCUUACAGGUGCUUGCGCAACACAGACCUCUGCCCUUUGUUUUGGUACUCACACCCCGAAUCUUUGGAUGUGUGGCUUUCGUUCAUCUCCACAAAAAUCAACGUAGCAAACUUGAUCCCUGUGCGCUUCGUUGUGUUUUUGUGGGUUAUGCCACUCAUCAGAAAGGCUACCGUUGUUAUCACCCUCUUACUCGACGUACCUAUGUCACUUUGGAUGUGACUUUUCUGGAAUCAGAGCUGUUCUUCCAUGACCCAUCAUCUAAUUCUACGCUUCAGGGGGAGAUACGAAGUGAAGAGCAGAAUUGGAGCAACUUGGAAAACGAAUAA